UGUUGGUUGACGUCUUGUUGGGUCGAGCUGUCAUCUUUGCUAGACGCCGCAUUACCCACUGUUUUGUUUUGUCAUGACAGGAGCGUGCAGUCCUCCUACAGAACAGGGCUGGUAAAGACAUCACUUCUUCAGGUGUCCACCUUUGGGGAGGAACAGAGGACAGAAAUCUGCGCGUGUCACAUUAAAGUGAGAUGAAAUGACAACGUCAACAUUACAGAAAGCCAUUGAUCUUGUCACUAAAGCCACAGAGGAGGACAAGGCGAAGAAUUAUGAGGAGGCUCUGCGCCUGUACCAGCAUGCUGUGGAAUAUUUCCUACAUGCCAUAAAAUAUGAGGCCCACAGCGACAAGGCGAAGGAGAGUAUACGAGCAAAAUGUAUGCAGUACCUGGACAGAGCAGAGAAACUGAAGGACUAUCUGAAGAAUAAAGACAAACAGGGCAAGAAGCCUGUCAAAGAAGCACAGAGCAAUGACAAGAGUGACAGUGACAGUGAGGGUGAAAACCCUGAGAAGAAAAAACUGCAGGAGCAGCUUAUGGGUGCUAUUGUAAUGGAGAAACCCAAUGUGAGGUGGAAUGACGUUGCUGGGCUGGAAGGAGCUAAGGAAGCUUUGAAGGAAGCAGUCAUCCUACCCAUCAAAUUUCCUCACCUUUUCACAGGCAAACGGACCCCAUGGAGAGGCAUCCUGCUCUUCGGUCCUCCGGGAACAGGGAAGUCAUACCUGGCCAAGGCGGUGGCCACCGAGGCCAACAACUCCACCUUCUUCUCUGUCUCCUCCUCAGACCUCAUGUCGAAGUGGCUGGGAGAGAGUGAGAAGCUGGUGAAAAACCUGUUUGAUCUAGCUCGCCAGCACAAACCUUCAAUCAUCUUCAUCGACGAGGUGGACUCUCUGUGCGGCUCGAGGAACGAGAAUGAAAGCGAGGCUGCCCGCCGCAUCAAGACAGAGUUUCUGGUCCAGAUGCAGGGUGUCGGAAACAACAACGAUGGCAUUCUGGUGCUCGGAGCCACCAACAUCCCCUGGGUGCUGGAUGCCGCCAUCCGCAGAAGAUUUGAGAAGCGUAUCUACAUCCCUCUGCCAGAGGAGCCGGCUCGGGCUCAAAUGUUUCGCCUCCAUCUGGGCAACACGCCGCACAGCCUGAGCGAGGCCGACCUGCGGCAGCUCGCCCGCAAAACAGAAGGCUACUCCGGUGCCGACAUCAGCAUCAUCGUCCGGGAUGCUCUCAUGCAGCCCGUUAGGAAGGUCCAGUCUGCCACACAUUUCAAAAAGGUUCGCGGUCCAUCCCGAAGCAACAACCAGGUGAUGGUGGACGACCUCUUGACGCCAUGUUCCCCUGGCGAUCCUGGGGCCAUAGAGAUGACCUGGAUGGAUGUGCCUAGUGAUAAGCUACUGGAGCCCAUAGUCUGCAUGUCGGACAUGCUGCGCUCUCUGUCCACCACCCGCCCCACAGUUAACACCGAAGACCUUCUCAAAGUCAAGAAGUUCACAGAAGACUUUGGGAUGGAGGGCUGAGAGACAGAGCCCCGCGUCUCCUGCUCCACCCCCAAGUCCAGCAGAAGGGUCAGACUGCUCCCAGUACCAACACUCCACCCCUCUCCUCUGCACCAUCCUGUAGGCUUUCAUCUUCAGCUGAGCACUUGGUUCACUGCCUCUCCUGGAUUUAUAACAUGGCGCCAGUCUGCAUCUUCGUGUCUCGUCCAGGCCCGGAUGUUUGAAUCCCUGGAGGACAUUGACCAAAUGCAGAAGUAGAAAAUCUCAGUGUGAUUUGGUAGCUGGACUGUAGACUUCCCCACUCCCUGUCGCCUCUGCGUUUUUCCCCGCCCUUUACAGACUGUGCUCCGUUACAGCAUAUUCACUACAAGAACUGUUCAUCUGCGCUGCAUUUGAUGUGAGGAAACGUAUAAAGUUUGUCCCACUGUGAGCCUGUCUCGUCUCCGACCGAAGGGCCAUACAUUCUGCUGCCGUCGUGCAACUCCCUUUGGUAUCGCCAUGAAGGACAGUGAAGAAGAAGCGAAAAGAAGACGUCAGUUGUUCUGCCAGGCAUGCGGAAGUGUGAAUGCAUUUAAGUGUUUUUAUUAAACUUGUUUCUGUUUAA